GUCUGCUGUGGAGAACUCUUCCCUGGGGUCGGAAUGCUGCCUGAGGAGUCUCCUUGAUGCUGAGGGUCCUCUUACAUCUUCUUGGAUGCAUUCACAGCUUGACAAAGAACCUUUCGAGAUACAGCGCCGAUAUUAAGUCAUUGCCACCCAACAUAAAGGAUAAACUGAUUAAAUUAAUAAGUCUACAAGGACAAAUAACCGAUUCAAAUAUCGGUGAGGUUUUGCACCCUGCUGUAGAGUCUCUAGACCUUCGGGAAUGCGAUAUCUCAGAUAAUGCACUGUUACAGCUUUAUAACUGCAAGCAGUUGAAAGAAAUCAAUUUAAAUUCUCGCAAAGAGAACAGAUUGGGGAUCACUUCAGAAGGUGUCACGGCGCUGGCCGUGUCGUGCCCGGCGCUGCGGGAAGCCUCCUUCAGACGGUGCCGCAACAUCACGGACAGCGGCGUGCGCGCCCUGGCGCUCCACUGCCGCCACCUGCAGAUCGUCAACCUGGGCAGCUGCUCGGGCAUCACGGACGGCGCCCUGCAGGCGCUGGGCCAGCACUGCGAGUYCCUGCAGAGCGUGAGCUUCUCCUCUACGCAGGUAACAGACGAUGGCGUUAUAGCACUAGUGAGUGGAACAUGUUCCAAGAAUUUAAAGGAGAUCCACAUGGAACAGUGUGUGAACCUGACCGAUGUCGCCGUGGAAGCAGUGCUCACGUGUUGUCCAGAGAUCUACAUUUUUCUGUUCCACGGAUGCCCGUUGAUAACAGAUCGCUCCCGAGAUAUUCUAGAGCAGCUGCUCGUGUCAAACAAAAUCAAGCAAGUGACCUGGACUGUUUACUGAUCCCUUGUUAUGUGCACACCUGAGCGUGAGGUUUACAGAGGAGAGCAGCGCUUCAGACCCCGGCCCCGCUGGACACGGGCCGCCCCGCUGGUGACUUCCCGUGGCCGAUGGCUUCUCCCCUUGCUCCCACCAGCGGUCCCUGUGGCCACCCCAGUGAGUCAGGAUUCACCAGUGUCCCUGCGCAGAGCCUUGUCCUGCCUUCCCUUGCUGCCCGCGUUGCAAUAGGAACAAAGUUAAAUUGUAAUUACUAGUACUGUAUCCCAGGGCCCGUGAGGCAUUGGGCUAGGCUACUACUUAACGUCUUGCUCAUAGCUACCUAUACAAUCCGAUUUUAAGUAAAUCCUGGUGAAUUGAUAAUCUGAGAGGGUAGUCGCCAUUAAAAAUACCAAGCGCAGACGUAGUAUUCGCAGUUAUGUAGAAGUGGCCAUAAAGUUAGGGCUUAAAUCUGAAAAAAAAAAGCAGAGUGAGCAGACAAAAUAAACAGAGGUGACAUUACCCCCAGUGCAAGGUUAUUUUAAGCAGUAACAAGUAGCUUCCUUUCACGGGGCACUUUGCUGGGCUUGGAGGAAAAACAAUAGACAUUUAUUUAUGGUGUUACUGAUGCUGCACGUUUCUUUUUUUUUUAGUUAUUAUUUAUCAUCAGAUACUUAACUGGAUUUUUACAGUUCUAAAAGUAUAGUCUGAACAUAAAAACGUAACUACAAUAAUUUCAAGAAUUUUUUAUUUAAGGAACUUCAGAAUAGUAGUGAUGACCACUAACAGAAUUCUGUCUGUUGGCAGAUACUCAUCUGCUUUGGCUUUUGCCUGCAUUUCUGUGUGAAAAUGCUCAACGGGAACAAAAUGUAGCUCUCAUAAGCACAGCUGAAACGGGACUAGAGGAGGGCUCUGAGCACCUGAACCUCAGCACACUAGAGC